AUGGCUACCAACGGCGAAGACGACAUCGAUGCCAUCAAGUCGAGGCAGAACCUGUCCGCCUCCAGCACACCGAUGCAGCAGGGCCUGCCCGGCGUCCGCAUCCCGACCAGCGUCUCCAGCCAGGGGCUCGCAAGGAUCCUCCGCAAGCCCCGCCUUUCUCGCAACGCAUCGACACCGGCUUGCUCUUUGGCCGCUGCUGCAGACACGAGACGGUCUGCCUUCGCCUCGAGCAACCAAGGCUCUCCCAGCAAGGCCGGCAGUCGACCCACGGGGCCUCGGCGCUCAAGCUCCUCGAUCUCGUCCAGCAGGCGCUCGAUCCUCGGCAGCGAACGCAUGAGCGAUUCGGAGUCGUCGGACGACGAGAACGGCAGCCAGGGUCGCAACCGCCUGGGCGGCUGCUCGCAGCAGUCGCAGGGCAGCGACGAGCCCAACGACGGCAACAAGGAGAACGUGGCCCCCUUCCGCUGCGCCAGCUCCGACAUUCUCAACCAGGAGGCUCGCGACGCCCAGGAAGAGUCGGUCGCCCGUCGCACCCGCGGUCGGCGAAGCUCGCUGAUGGAGCGGCAGUCGUCCGCCGUCGCCUCUCCCGUCGACAGCACCCCUCGGGCCGUCAACGCCGCCGAACGCACCGACCGCAUGAGGAGGCCCCAAACGCUGGCGGCAACCCGCUCGAUCGUGUCCAGCCCUUCCUCCGUGGCUCUGCCGCGCACGCCCUCGAAGCGCACCACCCGGAGCCGCUCGGAUCUUGCAUCGCGCUCCUCGCCCGCCACUUCGAGCCUUCUGAGCACACCGCCGCGACCCGCGUUGGCCAACUAUGGCAGCAGCAGCAACAGCAGCUGCAGCAGCGGGAGGAAGCGCUCCCGUCAGGCCAUCGACGAGGACGUCGAGGACCGCGCAGGCCUCAGGACACCCGGCACGCCCUUCUCGAGAAUGCGGCUGAGUCCCCGCAAGGCGGCCGCGACCUCCGACACCGCCAGCUUCGACGUCGAGGACAUGGACAGCUACUUUGGAUCCCAGGCAUCUUCCGGCACUGCAAGUGGUUCGCUCUUCGACGCCUCCAGCCAGGCAGGGAGCUCGUCGAGCGCCGCCACCACGGCCAUGACUUCGCGCGAACCCUCGCCCACGGUGCACGACGCUCUGGCAAAGUCUUCGAGCAUGCCCGCGGCCGAGCAGUACUCGAACGUCUACUCGCACGCGCGGGCCAUGCUCCGUUACGCGGCCGGCGUCGAUCCCGCCGAGACCGAGGCUGGCCUCACCAUUUGCGGCGACCGUCGAACCGACUCGCACGUCAAGGUCGUCGGCAGGGCAAAGGAGCGUGUCGCCAUCGAACAGUUCCUCGACCAGCGACUCGGCCUCUUCCCGAACGCCAAAUCCCGCGCCGACAGCCUCGAUGUCGAGCUCGAUGGCGACACCGAGUCCGGAUGCCUGUACGUCUGCGGACUCCCCGGUACGGGCAAGACGGCGCUGGUCCGGUCGGUGCUCAACGGCCUGUCGUCGUCGACGGUGUCGGAAAGGGCGAGGCCGACCCGCAUCGCCUUUGUCAACUGCAUGACGCUCUCGCACCCGCGCUUCGUGUUCGGUAAAGUGCUGAGCGCGCUGGGUUCGGACGCCGCCGAGGGCCAGUCGGAUGUCGAGGCCGAGCGGGCACUGUCCAGCCUGAUCAAGGACGGAAGCCAGCGCAUCCUCAUCGUGCUCGACGAAAUGGACCACCUGCUGCACAGCCGGGCGCACCAGAACGUCCUCUACCGGCUCUUUUCCUGGGCCUCGCCGAUGGCUCCGGCGGGCAAGCGGCGGUCCGCUCCGUCCUGCAGCCUGAUCGGUAUCGCCAACUCCCUCGACCUCACGGAGCGGUUCGUGCCGCUGCUCGCCAGCAAGGGCGCAUCGCCGGCGCUGCUCCACUUCCGGCCUUUCGAGGCGACAGAAAUCGUCAACGUCAUCCGAGACCGCCUCAUGGGGCUGCAUCCGAGCUACGUGGAGGUCACGGGAGCCGGAUCCACGCAGGCCAUGGACGUCGAUGACGAUGCCAGCACCGGCGCCGCUGCGAAUGCUGGCGAAGGACAGAAGCCGAGUAAAGACCUACCGCUCUUCACACCCGCCGCGGUCGAGCUGCUGGCGAAGAAGAUCGCCGCGGCGACUGGAGACCUGCGCAAGGCGCUCGACGCCGCAAGGCUGGCCGUCGAGAUGGUCGAGGCCGAGCAGAGGAAGAAAGCCCUCGCCGAGGCUUCCAAGCAGCAGGAGUCCGCCGGUUCAGAAUCGAUCGAGACCGAGGCCAGUCAAAGCGAGGGCAGCGCACCUGCUGUGGCCGCGGGCGCCGCCGCCGUCACUGUCUUCGCCACGGCAGAAUCGGCCUCGGCGCGUGCCAAGGUCCUCAGCCACCUGACGCCAGAGACGGCUGCCAAGGCCGGACCGGCGCACAUCCUCAAGGUUCUCGCGACGGUGCUGGGCAGCCCGAACCUGUCCAAGAUCCGCAACCUCGGUUUGCAGCCGAAGCUCGUGCUGCUUUCGCUGCUCGUCGCCGACCUCCGCGCCCGGGAGGGCAUGGCCGUCCUGGGCUCGGCCUCGGGCUCGCAGGCGCCGCGCGUGUCCAAAGGCUCGCUGUCGAGCGGCCUCCGGCUGUCCGAGGUCGAGUCGACCUAUGCGUCGCUGCUCAAGAACGACGGCACCUUUUCGGCGCUCGAGAGCUCCGAGCUGCUUGGCGUCUUUGAGCUGCUCGAGGUGCAGGGCAUUCUCCGCCUCUGCUCCGACGCCGAGGCCGGCGCCGCGUCGUCGUCGCGAUCGUCGCUGAACGUGGCCGUGAUGAGCAGCGGCGUGUCGCCGAGCGGCAAGCGGGCGGCCAAAAAGCAGCUCCUCGCUGCCAACCGGACCGCGGCCCUGCUGGUGGCGGCCGACGACGUGCUCAAGGGCAUCACGACCGCCGCGCCCGCAUCCUCGACAGCGGCGGCCGGGUGCAGCAGCACGCUCGUCGACACGAUCCGGCGGAUCUGGUCCAAGGAGGAGGAGCGCGUGGUGCGCUCACGCGGGUGGGAGGCCAUGGCGCGCGAAAAGGAGGCGGUGAGGAAGGAGGAGCUGGGAGGGGGCAGGGGCCAGGUCGCCAUUGGCCUGUAA